UAAGGCUACACGAAACGGGUCCAUUCUUCGCGCUCCAAUUUUCUAGCCCUGUUAUUUUUUUUAUUUGCUAUAAAUUGUGCUGCAGUUAUUAAUUUUGCAUUAAAAUCACUUUCGCAUUGGUACAUCCUUGGAUAUUCUCUUAAGAUUCGAAACUUCGAAUUUGGCGUCAGAUGAGAGACGACCUGUGCCAGAGAACUUGAAGACCUUCGUGAGAAACCUGGGUGCUGGCUUGUUCCCCUGCGAUUGCGUAAUCUGGAUUCUUGGAUUGUAAAAUCUCGGUUAUAUCCGCAGUCUCGUAAUGAGUCUCAUCUAUCAGCCUCGGAUAGCCCUGUGUUUAUGUCUGAUGGUUUGCGUUGGUGUGGCCAUUUCGUCUGACAAUGAGAAACGAUGCAUUAAUGCUCGCUACCAGAAAACGAAACCUGGUCCCGAAAAUUUGAAUGGCACUGUGUGUUCGGCUUGGUCAGGCAAUUCCUGCUGCAAUGCAACUGUGGCCGCUAGUAUCACAAAUCUGUCGAACAAUGACAGUCUGACAUGGUUGAAUUUCCGCUGGGACCACUGCGACAAACCACUAUCCGCCAAAUGUCGAAGCUUUUUUGUCCAGGACCUGUGUUUUUACGAGUGUUCACCAAACAUGGGGCCCUGGAUAAUAACCGACCCAAAGCGAAGAAAAUCUCGUGUUGAAAGGUUUCUGGAUGUUCCUUUGUGCCAAACGCAGUGCGACCAGUGGUACGACGCUUGCAAGAAUGAUUUAACCUGCACGGAUAAUUGGUCCGAAUUCGAAUGGAUAGACGGCAUAAAUAAAUGUCCCGGGGCCUCGACUUGCCGGUUAUUUAGCGAAGUGUUUGGGGAUCCGAAAACGUUUUGCGAGAAGGUGUUCGCUGGAUCUUUUAGAUAUGUAUACGAUGACCAGCCGUGCUUUAAAUUUGAUCCUAGUCAGACCGAAGCGGAUUUAAACGAUCGAGUCGAGAACUGGCAGCGUGGCUUACCAAAGUCUGGUGCUUCUGCUCCCAUGCAUUUCUUCCUUCUUCUGGCUGGAGCACAGUUGUUUUCGACUAGAAUCGUGAUCCCCAUGUGAAACCGAAGUUUUUUCAAGAGAUACCGGUCUAAUAUUGCUUCUUGGGGCAUGUGACGAAUUGUUAGUAUUCAGUUUUUGGUGCCUUGUAUUUAAACCUGGUGGUUUAAAGCAAUUAUGGAUAUUUCUUUAGAGAAGCAAGAUUGAUGUAAUUUUGUAUGCGCGAGAUGCAGCUCACAGCAAUCAAAACAAAAAUUUUGGAUCAAAUGAAAUAAAUC